CCCGCCGUGGCGUCACUUCCCUCUUUCUCCGGCAGCUCGGGCGGUGGCGGCGGGCGCGGGAGCCGUGAGGGAGCCGUGAGGGAGCCGCAGCCGCCGCCAUGUCCGACUGCUCGGCGCUGCAGUUCGUGAGCCCCUACGCCUUCGAGGCCAUGCAGAAGGUGGACGUGGUUCGCUUGGCCGCGCUGAGCGACCCCGAGCUGCGGCUGCUGCUGCCCUGCCUGGUGCGGAUGGCGCUGUGCGCGCCCGCCGACCAGAGCCAGAGCUGGGCGCAGGACAAGAAGCUGAUCCUGCGGCUGCUCUCGGGGGUCGAGGCGGUGAACUCCAUCGUGGCGCUGCUGUCCGUGGACUUCCACGCGCUGGAGCAGGACGCCAGCAAGGAGCAGCAGCUCCGGCACAAGCUGGGAGGUGGCAGCGGAGAAAGCAUCCUGGUGUCCCAGCUGCAGCACGGGCUGACGCUGGAGUUCGAGCACAGCGAUUCUCCCCGGCGGCUCCGGCUGGUGCUGAGCGAGCUCCUGGCCAUCAUGAAUAAGGUUUCGGAAUCAAACGGCGAGUUUUUUCUCAAAUCUUCCGAGCUCUUCGAGAGUCCAGUUUACCUGGAGGAGGCAGCAGAUGUUCUCUGCAUUUUGCAGGCAGAGCUGCCCUCCCUGUUGCCCAUAGUGGAUGUGGCUGAGGCUCUGCUGCACGUUAAGAACGGGGCCUGGUUCCUGUGCCUUCUGGUGGCCAAUGUCCCUGACAGCUUCAACGAGGUGUGCAGAGGUUUGAUUAAGAACGGGGAGCAGCAGGACGAGGAGAGCGUUGGGGGCCGGCGGAGAACGGAAGCCCUUCGGCACCUGUGCAAGAUGAACCCUUCCCAAGCCCUCAGGGUCCGGGGCAUGGUGGUGGAAGAGUGCCACCUCCCGGGUCUUGGCGUGGCUUUGACCUUGGAUCACACCAAAAACGAAUCUUCAGAUGACGGAGUGAGUGACCUGGUGUGCUUUGUCAGUGGGCUGCUGCUUGGGACAAACGCAAAGGUUCGGACUUGGUUUGGGACUUUUAUCCGAAAUGGCCAACAGAGAAAAAGAGACAAUAUCAGUUCUGUGCUGUGGCAGAUGAGGAGGCAGCUGCUCCUGGAGCUGAUGGGGAUCCUGCCCACGGUGCGCAGCACCCACAUCGUGGAGGAGGCGGAGGCCGACACGGAGCCCACCGUGUCCGUGUACUCGGGGCUCAAGGAGGAGCACGUGGUGAAGGCCAGCGCCCUGCUACGCCUCUACUGCGCCCUCAUGGGCAUCGCUGGCCUCAAGCCGACGGAUGAAGAAGCUGAGCAGCUCCUGCAGCUCAUGACCAGCCGCCCUCCGGCAACUCCUGCCGGUGUCCGCUUCGUGUCCCUGUCCUUCUGCAUGCUCCUGGCCUUCUCCACCCUGGUCAGCACCCCAGAACAGGAGCAGCUCAUGGUGAUGUGGCUUAGCUGGAUGAUAAAGGAAGAAGCCUACUUUGAAAGCAUUUCUGGUGUGUCUGCUUCCUUUGGGGAGAUGCUUCUCCUGGUGGCCAUGUAUUUCCACAGCAACCAGCUCAGUGCCAUCAUCGACUUGGUCUGCUCCACCUUGGGAAUGAAGAUUGUUAUCAAGCCCAGCUCGCUCAGCAGGAUGAAGACAAUCUUCACACAGGAGAUUUUCACUGAACAGGUGGUCACAGCCCACGCAGUCCGAGUGCCCGUCACGGGCAGCCUCAGUGCCAACAUCACCGGCUUCUUACCCAUCCAUUGCAUCUACCAGCUGCUGAAGAGUCGCUCCUUCACCAAGCACAAAGUGUCCAUUAAGGACUGGAUCUACCGGCAGCUCUGCGAAACCACCACCCCUCUGCACCCUCAGCUGCUCCCCCUCAUCGAUGUCUACAUCAACUCCAUCCUGACUCCUGCCUCCAAAUCCAACCCAGAGGCCACAAACCAGCCUGUCACAGAGCAGGAGAUCUUGAACGUUUUCCAGGGCCUCUCUGGGGGGGAGAACACCCGUCCCACUCAGCGCUACAGCAUCACCACACAACUGCUCGUCCUCUACUACGUCCUGUCCUACGAGGAAGCACUUCUGGCCAACACAAAGGUUCUGGCUGCCAUGCAGAAAAAACCCAAGUCUUACUCCUCAGCAUUAAUGGAUCAGAUUCCAAUCAAGUACCUCAUCAGGCAGGCCCAGGGGCUGCAGCAGGAGCUGGGAGGUUUACAUUCUGCUCUGCUGCGUCUCCUCGCCACCAACUACCCCCACCUCUGCAUCGUGGACGACUGGAUCUGCGAGGAGCAGAUCACAGGCACUGAUGCCUUGCUGAGGAGGAUGCUCCUCACCAACAUUGCCAAGAACCACUCUCCCAAACAGCUCCAAGAAGCCUUUUCCAUGCUGCCUGGAAAUCACACCCAGCUGAUGCAGAUCUUGGAGCACCUGACGCUUCUCUCAGCCGGGGAGCUGAUCCCGUACGCGGAGGUGUUGACGUCGAACAUGAAUCGCCUGCUGGAUGCCGGGGUCCCUCGGGGCAUCCUGCAGGCUGUCAAUAAACUCUGGAUGGUCCUGAACACUGUGAUGCCCAGGAGGUUGUGGGUGAUGACUGUGAAUGCUCUGCAGCCCUCAGGAAAAAUAGUCCGGCAGCAGAAAUACACCCAGAAUGACCUGAUGAUUGACCCCCUGAUCGUCCUGAGGUGUGACCAGAGAGUCCACAGGAGCCCUCCCCUGAUGGAUAUAAUUUUGCACAUGUUGAAUGGGUAUCUCCUUGCUUCCAAAGCUUACCUCAACUCCCACCUCAAAGAAACAGCAGAGCAGGACAUCAGGCCCUCCCAAAACAAUCCAAUGGGUCCAGAGGCCCCAGAGGUUACCAGAGAAGAAUUAAAAAAUGCUUUGCUUGCUGCUCAGGACAGUGCUGCUGUGCAGAUCCUGCUGGAGAUCUGCCUGCCCACGGAGGAGGAGAAGGGCCAGGGCAGCAGCUCUGCUGCUUUGCUGCUGGGACCCCCCAGCCCCCCAGACCCCAGGGGGGCCGAGGCCGAGGAGGAGGAGGGUUUGCUGUGCAACCUGAGGGAGGUGCAGUGCCUCAUCUGCUGCCUGCUGCACCAGAUGUACAUUGCUGACCCCAACAUCGUCAAACUCGUGCACUUCCAGGGCUAUCCGUGUGAACUGCUGGCACUGACAGUGGCAGGGAUUCCAUCCAUGCACAUCUGCCUGGAUUUCAUUCCAGAGCUCAUUGCCCAGCCUGAACUUGAAAAACAGAUAUUUGCCAUCCAGUUACUGUCCUAUCUGUGCAUCCAGUAUGCACUGCCUAAAUCCCUGAGUGUGGCUCGUUUGGCCAUCAACGUGAUGGGAACCCUGCUCACAGUGCUGACCCAGUCGAAGCGCUACGUGUUCUUCAUGCCCACCCUGCCCUGCCUGGUGUCCUUCUGCCAAGCCUUUCCUCCCCUCUACGAGGACAUCAUGUCCCUGCUGAUCCAAAUAGGACAAGUUUGUGCCUCUGAUGUUGCCACACAGACACGGGACUUCGACCCCAUCAUCACUCGUCUCCAGCAGCUAAAGGAGAAACCCCACGAUCUGUCAGGGCUCUGGAAAGACUCCUCUGCCAAGAGCUGCUCCAGGGACGUGGCCAGCCUGGACCCCGACGUGCGGCUGUGCCAGUGCGUGGAGAACACCAUCAUCGAGAUCAUCAACAUGAGCGUCAGUGGCCUUUAGGAACAGCUCAGGGGCAUUUGGAGCUUGGCCCACUGCCCACAGUGCCUGAAUUUGGGGAAAGCUGUGAAAGUGCUGAGGGAGCUGGAGCAGAAAUGCCUGGUUUUCAUCCUGUUUUUACGGCCCAGGAGAAAAUUCUUUUCCAGAGGCUCACGUUGCUUCCAGUGAAAACUCCUGGGGCUGGUGGGAUCAGGAAAGAAUUCCCAGUGGAACUGAGAGUGAUC